AUGGAAAAUGUCCAGGUCUGGUUUUCAUUGCCGGUCUUCUUCAUGUACCUGAUAACCUUGUUGGCCAAUAUCAGUGUCCUGCUAACCAUCAGAACAGAGGAGAGCCUCCACCAGCCCAUGUACUUCUUCCUUUCCAUGUUAUUGGUGACAGACCUUGUCCAGUCCAAUACCAUCCUCCCUAAGAUGCUCCUACUCUUCUUGUUAAACCUCCAAGAGAUUUCCUUUGAGGGUUGCCUGGUUCAGAUGUUCUUCAUGCACUCCUUCUCCGUCAUGUGCUCCUCAGUCCUCUUGGCUAUGGCCUUUGAUCGCUAUGUUGCCAUAUGCCAACCUCUAAGAUAUUCUACCAUCUUGACCAACCCAUUGAUUGCAAAAAUUGGAGUGGCGGUGGCCAUGAGAGGAACUGUUCUGAUAUUACCCCAUCCUUUCCUGGUCCAGAGGUUGCCAUUUUGCAACAGUCACCUGAUCGAGCACACUUAUUGUGACCACAUCACCGUGGCCAAACUGGCCUGCGCAGACAUCCGAGUGAAUGUUAUAUACGGGUUAGCAGCCGUUCUACUUGUAGCUGCAGAUUUCAUAUGUAUUACGGUGUCGUACUCCAUGAUUGUAAUGGCCGUUUUCAACCUCCCGUCCCGAGAAGCCAGACACAAAGUCGGGAGUACAUGCGUCAGCCACGUUUGUGUCAUUCUCUUGGCUUACGUCCCGGCACUUUUCUCCUCUGUCAGCCAAAGGUUUGGAGGGCAAACGGUUUCUUCCUCCCAAAUUAUCUUGUCCAACCUGUACCUGAUCAUUCCUCCAAUGCUCAACCCAAUAAUAUAUGGAAUCAAAACCAAAGAGAUCAAGAGAAAUGUUUUAAGAUUGUACUGUUCACAAAAGUCCAGAUGUCGGUAA